CGCAAUUCGACUCAAAGCGAAAAGCGGACAGUGGAUGUGGAUGCCUCUCCGCUUCUGCUUCAGUACCAGUUUGCUCUUCGUGCACAGCACAUCGAAUAUUUGUGAAGACGGUAUUCAACGACGACGACGACAACAACAAAUUGUCUUUUUUCGCGAACGAAUAGAAAAAAGUGGCAAGAAUUUGUUUACCAGUGUGAACGCGUGUGAGUGCAACAACGGGGAAAAGUGAAAACACACAGAUACAGCAGCAGAGCGCAUCUAACGGUUAAAAGGCGCCCCAAAGUAUUCCCCAUCUACGUAUCCUUGCUGUGGAUUAAAAAGGAUUCUAGAGCCGACUCGAGUGGGUGAACUUCUCCAAACUGCUACUGGCGUAGCCGAGUCCCGAAGCCAAGAUGCCUGCGGAAAUUAAACCAUCCGCGCCCGCUGAGCCGGAAACGCCGACCAAGAGCAAAGCCAAGAGCAACUCCUCCUCGCACGGCAAGCCUGCCCUCGCUCGCAUCACCCUGCUGGAUGGCUCCAUCCUAGAUGUGUCCAUUGAUCGCAAGGCCAUUGGUCGCGAUGUGAUCAACUCAAUCUGCGCCGGCCUGAACCUCAUUGAGAAGGACUACUUCGGCCUGACCUAUGAAACGCCCACAGACCCGCGGACCUGGCUGGAUCUGGAGAAGCCGGUGGCCAAGUUCUUCCGCACGGAUACUUGGCCCCUGACCUUCGCCGUUAAGUUCUAUCCCCCUGAGCCAUCCCAGCUCAAGGAGGACAUCACGCGCUACCACCUGUGCCUGCAGGUGCGCAACGACAUCCUGGAGGGCCGACUGCCCUGCACAUUUGUCACCCACGCCCUGCUCGGAUCCUAUCUGGUGCAGUCGGAGAUGGGCGACUAUGAUGCCGAGGACAUGCCCACGCGCGCGUAUCUGAAGGAGUUCAAGAUCGCCCCGAACCAGACUCCCGAGCUGGAGGACAAGGUCAUGGAUCUGCACAAGACCCACAAGGGCCAAUCGCCCGCCGAGGCUGAGCUACACUACCUGGAGAACGCCAAGAAGCUGGCCAUGUACGGCGUGGAUUUGCAUCCAGCCAAGGACUCAGAGGGCGUGGACAUUAUGCUGGGCGUGUGUGCCUCCGGCUUGCUCGUCUACCGCGAUAAACUACGCAUCAACCGCUUUGCCUGGCCCAAGAUCCUGAAGAUCUCGUACAAGCGCCACCACUUCUACAUCAAGAUCCGACCUGGAGAGUUCGAGCAGUACGAGUCCACCAUUGGCUUCAAGCUGGCCAACCACCGUGCCGCCAAGAAACUUUGGAAGUCGUGCGUGGAGCACCACACCUUCUUCCGGCUGAUGACCCCGGAGCCGGCCACCAAGUCCAAGCUGUUCCCGCACUUCGGAUCCACCUACCGCUACAAGGGUCGCACCCAGGCCGAGAGCACCUCCACGCCCGUGGAUCGCACCCCUCCUAAGUUCGACAGGACUCUGUCUGGAGCUCGUCUCACUUCCCGAAGCAUGGAUGCCUUGGCCCUGGCCGAAAAGGAGAAGGUGGCCCGCAAGAGCAGCACCCUGGACCACCGGGGAGAUCGCAACGCCGACGGAGACGCCCACAGCCGCAGUCCCAUCAAGAACAAGAAGGACAAGCCCCCGAACGAGCUGUUCCUUGAUCUUAUGGACGCGGAGAAGGAGGCCAAGCUGAGGGAGAAGAAGCUCAAGGAGAAGGAGGAGAAGGAGCGCAAGGAGCGGGAGAAGCGCGAGCUGGAGGAGAAGAAGAAGGCCGAGAAGGCGGCCAAGGCAGCACUGGCCGCUGGUGCCGCUGCAGGAGCCGCUGUUAAUGGCAAUGACGAGCUGAAUGACUCCAACAAGUCUGACAAAUCCUCAGGCAGACGUGGCGUUGGCAUUUUCUCGUCGGGUCGCAAGAGCAAGAGCGGCUCCCCAUCCAAGGAUGGCAAGGACAAGUCCGGCAAGGACAAGGACAAGGAAGUGGGUCGACUUGGUCUGGUCGUUACUUCUGGUCUGGGCGAUGGUCAGCAGGAUCAGAAUCUGGACGAGGCGGCCAGGAAUGCGGCCAAGAACCGAGGUUCCACCACGCCUGGUGUCACUAGGCAGUACGAAUAUGCCGUCGAUGAGGAUGGCAAUGCCAGUCCCACGAGGAAGUCGUACACCCCAGGUGGUUUCCGCUACGAUCAGGACCCCAACUCGAGGAAAUCCGGUGCCGAUGGUCAAGAGCAGCUGUCGCCCACCUCGCAGCAAAAGAAGAUUGGCUUGGCCUUCAACUAUGCUCCUGGCAAUGAGAACGCUCUGAAGGAAACGGCUGAGAAGCUGAAGGCCGGACAGCUGUCGCCUCGCACCCAGGACAAGCUUAAUCGCGGCCAGCUUUCGCCCAAGUCACGGGCCAAGCUCCUCCAGGAUCCUCUCCUCUCGCCCACAACGCGUGCCAAGCUCCAGGGCAGUGCUGUGGAUGCGGCUGCUGUGCCCCUUAGCGACUCCCAGAAGCGAUCCUACUCGCCCACCAAGGGACCCCAGGGCUACUCCUCCGGAGCGCCGGGCAGCUACAAGCCCAUCUCAGAUCCCACGGCAGACUUCCUGGAAUCCCAGCGCUACAACAGGGAGCCUGGCUACGUUGGACCCUCCAAGGCUGCCGUUGCUGCAGGUGCCGCUGGAGCUGCUGCUGCAGCUGGUGCUGCUGGCUCCAAGAAGCCUGGUUCUCCCACCAAGUCAGGAAAGGGAGCUCCAGGAGCUGGAGCAGCGGGUGCUGCAGCGGGAGCAGCAGCAGGAGCCGCCGGAGCUGCAGCAGCAGCAGCAGCGGCCAGGCCGAAGAAGAGGCGUGUCAAGAUCAUGGUCAUCACCUCCAAGUUCGAUCCCUCCAACAAGCGCAUCGAUGCGGAGAACGGAAGCAUUGAGCACUCCACUGGCAUCCUAGACCCCGCCACGGGACUGAUUGACACCAAGUACGGCGUGAUUGAUCCCAAGAAGGGAACCCUGGAGGCUCUGAACACCAAGACCGGAAAGAAGGAGGUGUUCCAAGGCGAUGUCGACAGCAAAACUGGCAAUCUGCACUUGAUAUCCGGAGUGGCGGAUCCGAAGACAGGACGCCUGGAUGAUACGCUUGGUCAGAUUGUGUGCAUCACCCCUCAGGAUAAUCCUGUUGUUGAGCUUACUGUGAUCACCAGCCGCAUUGAUCCUGCCACUGGAAAGAUUGACACCGUUAACGGCGAUGUGGAGCGAUCCCUGGGCGUCCUGAACUUGGACACCGGACUGCUGGACACCAAGUAUGGAGAGAUCAACACCCGCACCGGCGAACUGAAGGCCAUCGAUCCCAAGUCUGGCAAGAUUGUGGUCAGCAAGAAUGUGAAGGUGGAUCCGGGCACUGGCCAGAUCACCAUUCUGGGCGUUGUGGAUCCCAAGACGAACAAGAUCGACCCGAACCAGGGUCGCCUCAUCGAGGUGGGCCAACAGAUUGACCCCAUUGUGGAGGUCACUUCGCUGGCGGGCAAGUUUGACUCCAAGAAAAACAUCAUCGAUGCCAAGACGGCGCAGGUGGAGACUUCUGGUGGUCAGUUUGACCCCAAGGCCGGCAAGAUCGAUACCAAGUACGGACAGAUCGAUCUGGUCAAGCACACGAUCACAUUCAAUGACCCCAAAUCAGGUAAGACGGUCACCAGGGACAUCAAGAUUGAACCUGCCACCGGUCAGAUUGUGCUGAAGAACCAGGUCAACCCGAAGAACAACAAGCCGGACAAGGAUUACGCCAGGAUCAUCUCUCUGAGGAUCGUGCAGCAGCGCGUGGAUCCUGCCACCAAGGCGCCCAUCACCCAGGUCAGCGCCUCCAAGGACAAGGACAUCGUGGUGGAUCCCAAGUCGAACCAGAUUUGGGUGCCCACCGGAGCCAGCGACCCGGCCACCAAGGAGCAGCAGUACAUCUCCAGCAGCGUCGACCCGAAGACGGGCUACGUCAUCACCAUCUACGGCUACCUCGACCCCAAGACCAACGAGAUCAAGAAGCAGACCAAGCUCGACCCCAACACGAUCAAGAUCGAACCCACGUCCGGAAAGAUAUACACUGCCACCGGGGAGGUGGACCAGGCCACCGGGGAGCCGCUGUACGCGGCCACCCAGGUGGAUCCCGAGUCGGGCGAGGUGUACACCAAGCUGGCGCGCGUCGACCCCAAGACGGGCAAGAUCGUGAUCGUGCGCAUCCUGCUCAUCUCGAAGACGGACGAGCGCGGUCGCCCGGAGGAGAUCGAUCCCUCCACCUGCGAAAUCGAUCCCGUCUCCGGCCGCGUUCUUAAGUUCUUCAAUAAGACCGUUUAUGUUUACAAUAUGAUUGACCCUGUGACCGGUGAAAUUGUGCAGGUGGACCCCAAUGACCCGCGGUUCGCUGGCGCCCGCACCACGGUGACCCACACGAUGACCCUGACUGGCGAGAUCGACCCCGUGACCGGCAGGAUCAAGAGCGAGUACGGCGACAUUGACCCGAACACGGGCGACAUCGAUCCCGCCACGGCCGUCACGGAUCCCGUGACCGGCAAACUGAUCCUCAACUAUGCCCAGAUCGAUCCCUCCCACUUCGGCAAGCAGGCGCAGGUGCAGACCACCACGGAAACGGUACCCAUCACACGGCAGCAGUUCUUCGACGGCGUCAAGCACAUAGGAAAGGGCGCUUUGCGGCGGGACUCCGAGGGCAGCUCCGAUGACGACAUGACCGCACAGUAUGGCAGCGACCAGGUGAAGGACAUCGCGCUGAACAGUGCGGCGGGACAGGCGGCCGGCAAGCUGGGCAAGCCAGUGAGCACGCCCACGGUGGUGAAGACCACCACCAAACAGGUGCUGACCAAGAACAACGAUGGCGUGACCCACAACGUGGAGGAGGAGGUGCGCAACCUGGGCACGGGCGAGGUCACCUACUCCACGCAGGAACACAAGGCUGAUGCUACACCCACCGACCUGAGUGGCGCCUAUGUCACGGCCACCGCUGUCACCACCCGCACCGCCACCACGCACGAGGAUCUGGGCAAGAACGCCAAGACGGAGCAGCUGGAGGAGAAGACGGUGGCCACCACCCGCACCCACGACCCCAACAAGCAGCAGCAGCGCGUCGUCACCCAGGAGGUGAAGACGACGGCGACGGUGACCAGUGGGGACCAGUAUCAGAGGAGGGACAGCGUUUCCUCGACCAGCUCCGGCGACUCGGGCACGCCCAUCGACGGACCCUACGAUGGUGCCAGUGUGGUGCGCACAGAUAACCAGAAAUCUCCGCUGUAUACGACCUCCACUACGACUGGACCCCAUGUGGAAAGCACCCGUGUGGUUCUGGGCGAGGACUCCCCCGGCUUCUCCGCACAUGGCGAAAUCAUCUCCACCCAGACCGUCAGCAGCAAAACCCGCACUGUGGAAACCAUUACCUACAAAACCGAACGCGAUGGCAUUGUGGAGACCCGAGUGGAACAGAAGAUAACCAUUCAGUCCGACGGAGAUCCGAUCGAUCAUGACAAAGCUCUGGCCGAGGCAAUACAAGAAGCGACGGCCAUGAACCCGGACAUGACAGUCGAGAAGAUUGAAAUUCAGCAGCAAACGCAGUAGAUUUUAUAGCUAUUUCUAAACACUUCAGAGGAUUUUCUAAGUAAACCAGCACACACUCACACACACGAACACCAGCCCACGCAUACGCAGCACUUGCAGUACACCUUUUAUACAAGCUAUAUCUAAACGCAUAUAUCUAUACAUGACCUCGAGCUGAUGACCCACAUGACAUAACAAUAAGAAAGAGAAAGAUCGAUUCCCUAGUAUCCGUUACCGCUACCUUCUACGAAAACGCAUCCACAUGUUUAUUAUUUUUAUUACAAACUGUUGUUUAUAAUUACUUUUUAUUACGUAUAUUAUAUAUUAAAUGUGCAAGGCAACGUUGAAAUGAAAACUCUAUAUAUUGUAAACCACGAUUGCAUUCAAUUACAAGAAUAAACCUAAAUGUACACACAAGACAA